GGUGUGUUGGACCAAAAAAGAGGGUUAUGUCAUGGCAGCUCACUGCACUUGUAUGGCAGGGGAGGAGCGACCAUGCAGUUUGUAAUUUGGAGUUAUCAACAGUUCCUGAGAGUGAGUAUACUAACACAUAUCAUCAUGUAGAUGUAGAUAAUGCUAAAAGAAAUGUGUAUAUAGUAGAAAUAUUCAAAUAUCACAGAGACUUCCAUAAUGAGAAGAUAAGGCAAAUCUUUCAUUGUACUGUGAAGCUGGCCAACUUAUCCGUUCCUUUUACCAUUAACUCUAAAAUUGCUCCUGACUAUAGUACCUAUAAUGUAUACUCAUUUUUUGUUAUAUUUCAAUGUAGAUUGGGAGAGGUCUGCAGCCAUGUGGCUGCACUGCUGUUCGCAGUGGAGGCCUCCAGGUCUCUUCAGGAAAAACGGACGUCAUGCACCAGCAGAAAGGCCGUGUGGAACAAAUAUUACAAAGAUAAGGUUGAUCCACAAAGGGCUGAGGACAUGGACUUUUCGCACCCUAAACAUGGAGUCCAGAUCAAGAAGGCGCGCCGGAAGCCGCAGUGUGAUGUGCCACCACUCAGUGAAGAAGAGGCCGCUUCUGCUUUCUCACAACUGAGGAAGCUGUGUCCCACUGCCAGUGCUGUCAUUAAAGAGGAGGAGGACACAGACACAGCAUCAGAAGAUGAGUCAGAUGUCAACACAGAGACGCUUCCCCCUGUGGUAUACAGGUCUUGUCAUCCAGCCAAAGUCCCUGUUACUAGUGUUAGUGUAGACAGCAUCCUUGAUUGGAAUACAACGGUUUAUGACUUUUGAAACUGUGGAGGCAGAAACACUAAAUCUCAAAGCUAGAUCAGCAUUUUUGAGGCCUAGUCUCAACUUCAUGAGAGUCAUGAGUAUUUGAUCCUGCUGACACAUGGACUUUAGAGGAGCAAUGAAAUCACUAACAAGUCUAAACACAAA